AGGAGAGGCUGGUUCCGAGUUUUGACCAACUGUAGGCAAGGAGUGGGCGCUGGCGGCUUGUGAAGUUUGCUGAUCUGAAAAGUCCCACCCUUGUUCAAUGGAUGAUGGCAUUUGAGCAGAUACUGAAAAAGGAUUGGUACAGCGUUCUGGGGGCAGACCCAUCUGCAAAUAUGUCAGACCUAAAACAAAAGUAUCAAAAACUCCUGUUAAUGUAUCAUCCAGAUAAACAAAGUACAGAUGUGCCAGCAGGAAGACUGGAGGAAUGUAUACAGAAGUUCAUUGAAAUUGAUCAGGCAUGGAAAAUUCUAGGGAAUGAAGAGACAAAAAAAGAGUAUGACUUGCAGCGGCAUGAAGAUGAUCUAAGAAAUAUGGGACCAGUAGAUGCUCAAGUACAUCUUGAAGAAAUGUCUUGGAACGAAGAUGAUCACUCUUUUUCACUAAGUUGCCGAUGUGGUGGAAAAUACAAUGUUUCCAAGGAUGAAGCAGAAGUUGUGAACUUGAUUUCUUGUGAUACAUGUUCACUAAUUAUAGAACUCCUCCAUUAUAGCUAAAAUUGUUCACUACUUGGAAUCCUUUAACUGUGAAUUCACACAUGAUGAGGAGAGGCCAUUCCAGCUUUGUCCAUUCAAGGAAGCGGAUUCUUUUUUUGUCAGCCCUAUUAUUUGCAAAGAAAAUAUAAGAUUGUCAAGCAGAGGCCUCAGAUUAAUAAAAAAAUUAACUUAGUUAUUCAUAUGUAUUUAUGAUUUAUAUUUACAGGUUGCCACAAAAAGGACUUGAACUGUAAAUUACAUUUAGUGAAUUCCCAUUUGUGAAUUUUAUUAUUGUUUCCUCCUUGGUACAAAAUAAGAAUUUUCUUUUUCCUAAUAUAAGCAUGUCUCAUCUUCUGGUGGUUAACAGUACCAUCAUAUUCCUUUAUUGUUACUAAGUUUCUGAUCUAACAGAUGAUGCUAACUGCUGAAGUUAUAGUCCUGUUGUACACCUAUCUCAAACUCUAGGUCUUUAGAAUUGAAUUAGAGUCUCUGUGAAUAAAAUGUGCGGCCAGUUCUGCCAUAAUAAAGGCUGGAUAUGGAUAUUCUCCCAUUAUGAAGGUUAUUUCAAAGUUAUAAAGAAGGCAAAGUGGCAACAGUAGAAAGAAAGAUAGCUUUGGAGUCAGAAGACUGAACUCCAGUCCUGGCCCUCUAUUUCCAAAGUGUGUGAACGCUGCAUCUCAACUUUAAAUAUAAUUUAAGAAACAGAAACUUAAAAAAUAACAAUGAAAUUGGUGUAUUACUUUCCUUUUUAUUUCAGAGUGGUAAGAUAAAGCAUUAAUGUCUAUAUUUAUGAAUGAGGAAGUACUGCAUUGCUGGUAGGAUGAAAUGGACUUUUAUAAUGUAUUAUUAUUGAUUGGCAGACUGUAGAUGACAUGCCCCAGAAAGAUUUGUCUUUUGGAUCCCAGUACUGGCCAGCCACCAAAUAUAUAUAUAUUUAUAUAUUCCUUUGUAUUUAAUACUCUGUGUACAGUAUAAGUCAAAACUCAUUUAAAGAACUCUAAGGGAUCCUUUUGGGAUCACAGCUUUUUUACUUAACUUCAAAUGAGUGGGCCAAGCUUAUAACUUAGCAGCUUUUUAUUAGGUCUUGGUGUUGUCAGAUGAUUGGACUUAUAAAUAAGAAUAGUUACUAUUAUGACCUAAAUGUAGUUGAAGCAUGAGGCAUAUUCAAGAAGAGGUUACUUUCAUUAUACCUAUAAAACCAAAAAAUUCAGAAGUGAGGUGGUCAUCCAGGUUUGCCCUGCAAAAUAUUUUUAUAUCUAUCAUGAAAUUUAAAUGACUUAUUUUAGGUUACUUUUUUAUCCAUAUAUUUUGAAUUAAUGUAGCUU